GGGAAAAGAUGAAGCAAGUUGAUUGAAAAACAGCGUGUGGGACGGCUGAAAAAGGAAAAUAAGAAGAGAAGAGACAUAAUUAAGUGCAAAGAAAGACGAAAAGAAAGAAAUGAAGGUGGAGUGAGGAGGUAAGUUAAUGUAAGGCGAGGGAAAGGCGAAAAACAAGCAAAGGUUGGGAGAACAUGAGAAAAGAAAAUAAGAAGAGAAGAGACAUAAUAAAGUGCAAAGAAAGACGAAAAGAAAGAAAUGAAGGUGGGGUGAGGAGGCAAGUUAAGGUAAGGCGAGGGAAAGGCGAAAAACAAGCAAAGGUUGGGAGAACAUGAGGUACAAAAUUAGUGAAGUAAUAAAAAAAGAUGAGAGCGAAAAACGAGGAAAAGUAAAACAAGUGAAAGAUUUUGGGGAUAAUAAGAAAAAAAAACAGUAAUGAGUGAAAUAAUAAAAGAGGAGACAAAAUGAAAAGGAGAAGAGAAUACAGUCACACAGACGAUAGAUUUUUAAGAUAAGAGAGGUAGAUGAAAGGGAGGAGGAAUGGGGUGGAGUGAUUUUAAGGGUACGGGAGUUAGAGGAAAGGGAGGUGGAAUGGGGUGGAGUGAUUUUAAGGGUACGGGAGUUAGAGGGAAGGGAGGAGGAAUGGGGUGGAGUGAUUUUAAGGGUACGGGAGUUAGAGGGAAGGGAGGUGGAAUGGGGUGGAGUGAUUUUAAGGGUACGGGAGUUAGAGGAAAGGGAGGUGGAAUGGGGUGGAGUGAUUUUAAGGGUACGGGAGUUAGAGGGAAGGGAGGUGGAAUGGGGUGGAGUGAUUUUAAGGGUACGGGAGUUAGAGGAAAGGGAGGUGGAAUGGGGUGGAGUGAUUUUAAGGGUACGGGAGUUAGAGGGAAGGGAGGUGGAAUGGGGUGGAGUGAUUUUAAGGGUACGGGAGUUAGAGGGAAGGGAGGUGGAAUGGGGUGGAGUGAUUUUAAGGGUACGGGAGUUAGAGGGAAGGGAGGUGGAAUGGGGUCGAGUUAUUUUAAGGGUACGGGAGUUAGAGGGAAGGGAGGUGGAAUGGGAUGGAGUGAUUUUAAGGGUACGGGAGUUAGAGGAAAGGGAGGUGGAAUGGGGUGGAGUGAUUUUAAGGGUACGGGAGUUAGAGGGAAGGGAGGUGGAAUGGGGUGGAGUGAUUUUAAGGGUACGGGAGUUAGAGGAAAGGGAGGUGGAAUGGGGUGGAGUGAUUUUAAGGGUACGGGAGUUAGAGGGAAGGGAGGAGGAAUGGGAUGGAGUGAUUUUAAGGGUACGGGAGUUAGAGGGAAGGGAGGUGGAAUGGGGUGGAGUGAUUUUAAGGGUACGGGAGUUAGAGGGAAGGGAGGAGGAAUGGGAACAAGGGGGGACGAAUUGGUGUGGGGAGGAGUGAUUUAUGGUAAGGAACGUAUAGGAAAAGGGAGGAGGAAUGGGAACAAGUGGGAACGAAACGAUAUGGGGAACGUUUUUAUGGUAAGGGACGUAAAGGAAAAGGGAGAAGGAAUGGGAUAUGGGGAAUGAUUUUAUGGUAAGGGAGGUAUAGCAAAUGGAGGUUAAGUUGGGAAGACCCGAAAUGUUGACGUGAAGUGGACAGGGAGGAGUGGAAGGAGUUAUUUGAAGGGUGAGGGAGCUACAGGAAAGGGAGGAGGAGUGGGGACAAGAGGGGACAAAUUGAUGUGUUUUUAUAGGAAGUGGAGUAUCAAGGUGUAGCAAAGGUGAGGGAGGUGUU